AUGUUCGUUCAUCUUGCUAAACGUAUUGCUAUGCCAAAUGAUACACCAGUGACAAAAUGUGGAUGGAAUGCAGUUGAUGGUUAUGUAUCUGCUGGUUGUGCUGAUGGUCUUGUUAAAGUACUUAAAUUAGAAAUACCUGAAAUUGGUGAUGCACGUACACGUGGUGUUGCUGGUCAAGCACAAUUAACAAAAAAUCAAACAUUAGAAGGACAUGUAAGUACUAUAUCAAGUAUAGCAUGGAAUGAACAAUUUGGAAAAUUAACAACAGCUGAUGCCAGUGGAACAGUUAUUGUUUGGGUUGAUGGACCACAAAAUGAAUUUGUACAAGAUAUGCUUAAUAAUAGAACAAAAAAUCGUAUUAGUGAUAUGAAAUGGAAUUCAAAUGGACAAAUGAUUUGUAUUGGUCAUGAGGAUGGAAAUGUGAUUAUUGGAUCAGUUGAAGGAUCAAGAAUAGCUGGAAAAAGUUUAAGAGAUAAUAAAUUAGCAAAAGUAGAGGGUCAACUUCAUAUAUUUUGUAUUCGUGAAGGUGUACCAUCAGCUGAAAUUGCUGCUAUUGAAUGGUAUGAUGGAAGAAAUGGUUUAAUGUCAAUGAAUAGCAAAAGUCUUGUUAUAUGUUAUGAAAGUGGUGCUAUGCAAUUAAUGUCUAGAGAAGAUGAUCCAGCACCACUUAUUCUUGAUGUUGAUAUGCAUGUUGUAUCAGUUAAAUGGAAUGAUAAUGGUUCUAUGUUAGCUGUUGCUGGUUAUCAAUCAACAGGAGAUAAAACACAUAAUUUUAUUCAUUUUUAUUCACCAUGGGGAGAGCAUUUACGUUCAUUAAAAGUAACUGGUAAAAGUAUUUCAGAUUGUGCAUGGGAAGCUCAUUCACUUCGACUUGUUAUUGCAAUUGAUAAUUUUAUCUAUUUUGCUAAUUGUCGAUUAGAUUAUAAAUGGUGUUAUAUUCAAGAUACAGUUAUUUAUUCAUUUUAUACAUGUACUAGACCAGAACAUAUUGUUGUAUUUUGGAAUACAAAAACAAAUGAAGUUCAUUAUCGAUAUGUUCGAAAUUUACUUGCACUUGGUGGUUGUGGUUCAUAUUGUUGUAUUGGUAGUUUUGUUGAACGAGCAUCACCAUCAGCAAAUAAUACAGUAACAGAUACACAUGUUGUUUUAUUAUGUAAUUCAAUUGGUGUUACAAUUGAAUCAAAAUAUAUUCCAUUUCAACCAAUACAUAUAUGUGUAACACAAAGUUAUGCAAUUAUUGCUGCUAAAUCAUUAAUUUUUAUUUGGGGUAUUAGUGGAUUUAUUGGAUCACAAAUGGUUAAAAAACAACCAUAUGAAAAAUUUAUCCAAAUUGAUGAUCCAGCAACAGUAAGACAUGGUGAUGAACUUCAAUUGAGUUUGAUGGCUAAUUUAGAUGGAAUGGAAACUGAAGAUCCUAUUACAAGUAUAUGCGGGUCAGAUAAAUGGAUCUUUGUAGCUCGAUUAUCUGGUCUUGUUCUUCGUUAUUCACUUCCUGCAUGUAAUUUAAUGGAGAAGAUUGAAUGUCAAUUUCGUAUAAGUAAAAUUGCACUUAAUUCCAUUGCAACAAUAAUGUCAAUCAUUGAUACAAAUGGAAAUUGUAUGUUAAUUGAUAUGGAAAGUAAAGAACCACGAGAAGAUAUAGCAAAUUUUAAAAAAAGUGAUGUUUGGAAUCUUGUUUGGGCUAUUGAUCUACCUGAUUCAUUUGCAGUUAUGGAAAAAACUAAAAUAUCAUUGGUACGUGGUACUGAUGUAGAAGAAGCUGUACCUUGUUCAGGUUAUAUAUGUGAUUAUAAUAAUUUACAAGUUAAAGUUGUUAUGCUUGAUGAAAUAAUGAAAAUGCAUGUCAAAGGUGUACAAGCUCCAUCAUCAGAUUAUAUAACUAUUUAUGAUAAUAAAUUAUUAGGAGAUAUGAAAAUAGCUUGUGAAAAAUUACCAUUAGAACAAGUGAGCAGUUUAAUUGAAAAAGAUCCUCAUCCACAAUUAUGGCGUGCUCUAGCUGAAGAAGCACUUAAUCAUUUAGAUAUUAAAGUAGCUGAACAUGCUUUUGUGAAAAUUCAUGAUUAUUAUGGUUUACAAUUUUUAAGACGUUUACAACAAUUUCAAGGUGAACAAUUUAAACGUGCUGAAAUUGCGGCAUUUCUUAAACAAGAUGAUGAAGUAGAGAAAAUUUAUGUACAUAUGGAUCGAAAGGAUUUAGCUUAUCAAUUACGACGUAAAUUAGGUGAUUGGUUUCGUGUUGUACAAAUUCUUCAAUCAGGUGCUAUAGCUAGUGAUGCUAUGCAAAAUGAAGCAUGGAAUGAAUUAGGAGAUUUUUAUUAUGAUCGACAACAAUGGGCUACAGCUGCUAAAUAUUAUGAACAAAGUGGAAAUAAUUCUCAAUUAUUUCAUUGUUAUGCAUUAACAGAAGAUUAUGUUGCUUUAGAAAAACUUAGUCAAUCAUUACAAGAAAAUGAUCCUUUACUUAACCCUAUUGCUGAUACUUUUUCUGGUGUUGGUUUAUCUGAACAAGCUGUUGAUGCAUAUAAACGAUGUAAUCGAAUACAAGAAGCAGUACAAAUGUGUAUUGAAUUAAGUCAAUGGGAUAUGGGAAUAGAAUUAGCUCGUCAUUAUAAUUUAAGUGAUCUUAAAGCUUUAUUAACACGACAAGCUAAAACAUUACUUGAUCAAAAUAAACCAUUUGAUGCUAUUGAAUUAUAUAAAAAAUCUGCAAAUUAUUUAGAGGCAGCAAAAAUUCUCUAUGAAAUUGCUGAAAAUCAUAGUAAAGAAAAUCGACCAUUAUUAAUGAAGAAAAAAAUGUAUAUUUUAUGUGGUUUACUUGUUGAACAAUAUCGUACUGCAAUGAAAACAACAUCACGAAAAGAAAAAAAAUCAACUGGAGCUAUUUCGGCAUCUGAUGCUUUGCAAGGUUUAUUAACAGAGGAAACAACAGGCUCAGGUGGUGUUUCUGAUACUCAAUUGCUUGAUAAUGUUUGGCGUCCUGCUGAAGCGUAUCAUUUCUACAUUCUUGCUCAACGUCAAUUUAAGGCCAAUAAUUCUGAAGGAGCCUUACGAUCUGCUCUCACUCUAACUGAAUAUGAAGACAUUAUUCCUGUUCAAACAAUUUACAAUCUUAUAGCACUUUGUGCAACAUCAUGUGGUGCAUUUAAUACAGCAAGUAAAGCAUUUCUUAAACUUGAAGAUGAUCCAUCAAUAAGUGAAGAAGAUCGAAAAGAAUAUCAAAAAUUGGCCUUUCAAAUCUUUCUUAGAACUCAUUAUAAUCAUGUAUUUCAUUGGAAUUCAAAUAAAAAUGAGCAAGAAGAAUAUUGUAUACCAAUUAUUGAACCAUCACCAAAUCUUGAUAGACCUUAUUGUUUUGAUAAGAAAAAACGAUCUUCAAAAAAUCAUAUUAUAAUUGAAGAAAGUCCAAUUAAAGAUUAUUUUAAAGCAUCAUUAUGUGCUUGUUUAAGUUGUUUUUGGAUGUGUGCUGGUAUUGUUUGUUUUAUUCAAUCAAUAAAAAUUCGACGUUUAUUAAAAAAAAAUAAUCCUCAAUUCAAUGAUGAAGCAAGACAACUUUCAAAUCGUUUAUAUACAAAUUUAGUUUUAACAUAUGUUUUUGGUGGAGUUAUUAUUGGAGUUUUAAUUAUGACUGUACUUGUAACAUUUUUUGUUGGAAUUAAAGGAUAUUAUAAAUUGAUUUUUUAUUUUUUCAUUUAUGAUUACUUUUUUUUUUCCAGCUCACAACCAAAAGACAAACGUCCUACACUCUCGGGACAAUGUCCACAAUGUAGCAAUAGAAUUAAUGAUUGGUGUCUCAAUUGUCCAUCAUGUGACUGGCGUUUUCCACCGUGUAUCGCUACUGGUAAACCGAUUAUUGAAUAUGGUUUUUGGAUUUGUCCAGCUUGCAAACAUCGAGCAUUAGAAAAUGAAAUGGCUCGUCUCGACGUCUGUCCUUUUUGUCAUUCAUCUGUAAAUGGUUAG